AUGGCGCUUACGUCUGCAGUGCUCGUGGUUAUUUUAAUUACCGUGGUAGGUCGGGACGUGCUGUCGGUGGCAGGUAGCAACGACGUUCGCUGCGGACGGCGCCUGGUGUCAGGCCUGUUCUCGCGACCGCGGCUACCUCUCGGCUAUUCCUACAUCACAACGGUACCCAGAGGCGCUUGCCGACUCAACGUCUCGGAAAUUGUAUCCAGCGAUAAUUAUAUCGCAUUGAAAAUAACGAAUGGAUCGUAUAUCAUGAAUGGAGAAUUCGCAGUUAGUUCACCAGGAGCAUAUGAGGCUGCUGGAGCGAGAUUUAUAUAUACGAGAGAAGCAGGUCUUGACUCCGUGUUUUCAAUAGGACCUAUACACAGCGCUAUUGAUAUUAUGGUUUUGUAUACGCAGCCGAAUCCGAACAUAAAGUACGAAUAUUUUACCGAAUCAUUACCAGGCGAAGUCGAUGCCGAAUCAAUAACGAAACUCAAUUUACCUGAACCGACAAUUAUUCCAAAGCACACGAGACGACAUCAUGGCUUUGAUGCACGAAGGGUAAACAUCCCGGGACGCCCAGACUCCGCUAGCUUUACCAAGGAUUCCAAAGAAAGCGGUAUAGAUGAGAAUAUAAUUGGAGAGAGAAAGUUUAUGUGGAAAAUACUUUCCUAUACUCAGUGCUCAAGGAGCUGCGGUGGUGGUAUCCAGGUAGGCAAAUACAGAUGUGUUGAAGCAAGCUUAUCAGGGGACAGGGAAGUAUCAUCAGCACAUUGCACAGGGUCACCACCUCCAGGGAAAAGACGAAGAUGUGGUAAUAUUCCUUGUCCUCCAAGGUGGAGGGCGGCAGCUUGGUCAUCAUGUCCUCAAUGCGGUCCUGCAACUAGGACGAGGAUAGUUGGAUGCGUACAGGAUCACUCAAGAGGUAUAACCAAGAUCAGUGACCAAAUGUGUCCAGCACCAAAACCUCCAACGACAGACACGUGUAACAUACCAGACUGUAGCAUAGGGAUCAGACAGAUAGCGCGCAGCAGGCCUAGGAUACAGACAGAUACCUUCAGAGAUGGUCCGGUUUACACGGUAGCUGUCAAUACAUCUGACGAUGACUUAGGACCAGAAUAUAGAUUUAGUCCAGGUGUUGGCAGCUGGCUUUAUACUGAUUGGUCUGAGUGCGUAGGCUGGUGUGUAGGUGGAGGUGUACAGACAAGGGCAGUUCGUUGCGCGGAUCCUUCUGGCUGUCCGCGUAAGUCGCCUGAAACGUCGCGCGCGUGCGCACCGACGAUGUCUUGUGAACCUCAUGAGGGACAUUGGUUUAUGGGUGAAUGGUCACCUUGCUCGUCCACAUGUGGUGGGAAGCAAGUUCGCGGUGUCCUUUGUAUUGGUGGGAGUGGGAGACACCUUAGAGAUACAGCAUGUAACGACCCUAAGCCUGAACGCGAGAGACAAUGUGGAGGGGAAUGCUCUCCAACUUGGUAUUCUAGUGAAUGGGGUCAGUGUACAGGUAAUUGCACAUUAGGUGUAGGCAUACAACGCCGGACAGUUGUCUGUGCCCGUGGCGAUGGCAGCGCGGCGGGUGACGAUGACUGUACCCCUCCGCGACCGCACGCUAACCGCCCUUGUGAGCCCAAGUGUACCGUUGAAUCAUCUAUACCACCGGAUUUGACUAUAGAGUCUCAAAAAUCGGCAACUGAUUCACCAACUACAAGCUCACAAAUGACUACUCAGCGAAGUUUUAAUACAUUAACUGGAAAUAAAGACUGCGAAGACAAGCUACAAAACUGUUACCUCGCUGUUCAAGCGAGGCUUUGUCACUACAAGUAUUACAUACAAAAUUGUUGCGAUUCCUGCAGCGUGCAAUGAAAAUGAUUUUGUUGUAUUAAAUUUCGAAUAAUCACAAAUAUGACUUUAUUUAAAUUCAAUUUAAUAUUCUAAGAGGAACAAUUUGAGACAUAAUAAUAAAAUAAAUUAUAUUAAGUUAAAAUAUGAAUAUCCGAGCCCGUGCGAUUUAGUUUUACAUGAGAAGCUCGUAAUAAUAAUCAUAUAAGCGAAUAAUAAAUGAUAGAUUACUCAUAUUUUUGGUGUGAUAUUUAUUUUCUAUUAAAUAUAAACUAAGCGAUAAGUAUUACGACAUGUUGUAUAAGUUUCGAUUGCGCAUACAACAUAUUUGUAUGUGUAAUGUAAAUAAAAAAGAUU